CGAACAUGUCCGACCCCACAAAAGCCGAGACCGAGCGGGUGUUCGAGUUGUAGAGGGUGAACGUGGUGCGUCUUAUGGUUCCGGAUGGCGGCAACUAAUAGACCAGACAUUAUGAACAGAUGUAUCGCACACCCGCUCUGCACGAAUAGCGCUGCGGCCUCGGAAGAUGUGCCUACGUACGCCCGCGAGAGGUUCGGCAACCAGAAGGUGAUAUCGUCCGGCUUAGGCCUCGUACGUAGCUCGUACGGCCCGAAGGCGAACGCGGAAGCGGAGGCACGCCCUACUCGUUACAGGACUCGCAGUCUGGUCCCUCUAACCAGUACUCAGUGCGAGAGGAGGAGGAUAUGCCCUGUCUCCAGCCGACGCAUUUCUCGGCGCAUCCGCCUCCCAUCCACAAGUAUAUCUAUGUACACUUAUAUCUACACUACCGCGCUCAUCCGCCUCAUGAUCCGCCUGGGACAUUCCAUGGCCACAUCGGGAAGUACAUCUCAAAGCUCUAGGACAACAUCGUCGGCGUGUUCGAGAAGCGCGACUUGAGGACUGUCCUUCAAGGGCGACUCUUCGCUCCACCGCUUCGGCCGUCGCGGGCUCUUGUGCGCGUUGCAGGUCCUCCCCCAUCCCUCAGGAGACGUUUCUGAAGAGGGCGGAGGUAAAAAUCUCCGUUGUGUACGGUAUGCUCCCUCCCCCAGUGAUCAAGCAGAUGUGCGCACACCAUUCCUCUUUACAAUGUCUAGACCGCCG